UUCUCUCUCUCUCUCUUUCUCUCUCUUGUCCUAUCUCCUCCUCUCGUCGGAACUUUCCCACAUUAAAACACUUGGACCAUAAAAGGACACAAGGCUCCGUGACCCGCCACUGAAUCAGCACUUUGGUGCCGAGGUGGAGCUCGCGUAGCCCGGCCGCGAGAGUGACUGAUUGCCCGCGGGGGGGGAGCAGACCGGAACAUCCACCACCAGUCUCACUUUUUGGGGGCUAUUACACCAAAACAACCGGAUUCCUCAAUUACUACGGAGCUUUAAACACAACUAUAUUUGAUAUUUGAUUUUUUUUCCACCUUCCCUCCCUCAGUUUGUCUGGCACCAUGAGUGUGUGGAUGAACGACUCGUCCUUGGACCCGUUCACCGGCUCGCAGGCGCCUCCGCCGGACACCAACGCCACGGCGAACCGGACCAAGCACGACCCGCCGGACCUGAGCCGGGCGGUGCCGGUGGGCAUGGUGCUGGCCUCGUUCAUCGGCUUCGCCAUCGUGGGCAACCUGCUGGUCAUCUUGUCGGUGGUGUGCAACCGCCACCUGCGCACGCCCACCAACUACUUCAUCAUCAACCUGGCCAUCGCCGACCUGCUGCUCAGCACCACGGUGCUGCCCGUGUCCGCCACGCUGGAGAUUCUGGACUACUGGGUGUUCGGCCGCAUCUUCUGCGACAUUUGGGCCGCGGUGGACGUCCUGUGCUGCACGGCGUCCAUCAUGUCGCUGUGCGUCAUUUCCAUUGACCGCUACAUCGGCGUCCGUUACCCACUGCAGUACCCGGUCAUUGUGACGGAGAAGCGCGCACUGCUCGCCAUGCUGGGCGUCUGGAUCCUGGCCAUUGUCAUCUCCAUCGGACCGCUGCUCGGAUGGAAGCAGCCGCCGUCGCAGGAUGACAUGGAGUGCGUGAUCACACAGGAGCCGUUCUACGCCCUCUUCUCGUCGCUGGGCUCCUUCUACAUCCCGCUGGCCGUCAUCCUCGCCAUGUACUGUCGCGUCUACGUGGUGGCAAAGCGCACCACCAAGAACCUGGAGGCAGGCGUGAUGAAGGAGCGGCAGCAGGACUCCAACGAGCUCACCCUCAGGAUCCACUGCCGGAACCAGCAGAUCCAGGACCUGUGCGCCACCUCCAAGACCGGAGGCGGCGGGGCGACCUCGGCCGGACGCAGCACGUUGACCGUCAAACUGCUCAAGUUCUCCAGGGAGAAGAAAGCAGCCAAGACGCUGGGCGUGGUGGUGGGCAUGUUCAUCCUGUGCUGGUUGCCCUUCUUCCUGGCUCUUCCGAUCAGCUCUUUUAACAGAAACCUGCGCCCUCCCGAAACCUUCUUUAGGGUCAUUUUCUGGCUGGGCUACUUCAACAGCUGCCUGAACCCCAUCAUCUAUCCCUGCUACAGCCGCGAGUUUAAGCAGGCCUUCAUCCGGAUCCUCCGCUGCCGUUGGAAGCGGAAGCGCCAGGGCUGGCAGGCGUACUACAACUACCGCUGCCAGCAGGGCUCCAACAACUCGUCCUACCUGAACGGCAGCCAACAGACGCUGUCCUCCAUCGGCCACAGCCCCCGAUGCGUCGCCCCCAAGGCCCACCCGCCGCCUUGGUCGUCCUCUUCCAACAACCGUAACCUCCUCCCGGGAUCGGAUGCACGAGGACGGCAGCUCGGCCCGGCGUCACCGCUCGCCAAGGAAGCUGGCGGGCGAGACAGGGGUGUGAAAAAGCCGUAAAAUACAGAGAAUGCACAGUUCAGUAUUAGUAUUCAGACUCAGAUGGAUAGACCUGUAGCCACUGUGGAUGUUAAACACCUACACAGAGGGAAAAAAAACUGUUUACAUCCUUGGACAUCACAUUGGCUGCUUUGAAACUGUUUCGAUUGACCUUCCAUCGCACAAGUGUAGUGUAUUUUGUUGUGACCAUAUUUAUUAACAGGCAGGCGGUGGAGUGGUCGCCCUGCAAACCUGAAGGCCGUGGGUUCGAUCACCAGUCAACGUUUUCUUCUGUGCCUCUGUCAAUGAUUGGGUGAAUGGUUUAAAAGGCAGCAUGGUGCCUAGUGGUUACAGCAUCUGCCUCGCAAUUACGAGUUUGACUCUGGCCUUCCCGUGUGGAGUUGGCUUGAGUCGUUGGCUUUUUUUUUUUUUUUGCCUAAGCGUGGCCCGGAAUUGACUGGCGACCAGUCCAGGAUGUACCCUGCUUCUCUCACCAAAAGUCAGCUAGUACAAGUACCAACUCACCCCUUAUGAGAACAAGUGUUAUAGACAGGUAUGGAAGAGUGGAUUUUACAUUGUAAAAGCAUCUACCUUGGAGGGUAGGAGGUGAAGCACAUUUGCCAUUUAUUACACUUCCUGUUUUAUGGACGCCCUUGAGUAUUAAACAAAAAGAUUGAUGAAAAAAAAAAUGAUCGCCAUGAAACACUGUACAGCCAGUUUUCUGCUGACCUCCUUGGCUUAUCUCCCACAGUCCAAAAACUAUUGUUUUUUUUCUUAAAGAGCACUGUGAUUGACUGGUGAUCUGCGCCGAGGUGACCUCGCCCCAGCUGCACAUGGCAUAAGUGAAGUGAAUAAUAGCUGGAUGAGCCACUCAAAGUAUUAUUGAAAUAUACAGGGGAAGGCGGGUUGCGAUAUGGACUAAAAGCUCACGCUUGCAUAAAAACUAUUUUUUUCUGAAGAGCAAGCCACUGGAUCUCUGAUGACAACAUAGAGACACGUAUACUAUAUAGUUUGGGUUGUCUUAAAACUGUGAAACAGAUUUCAUUUAUCAGUUUUUCUUCUUGUAUAUGAAAUCACUUAUAUUUUAAUCACUUGAAUGUCGGUUUUCUUCCUUGCCCGUUUUCCUUCAUACACAUUAAAACUGUCCACUUUCAUUUUCCAAUGUGCUGCGCGCAAAAAUCAGUUCAUUUGCAAAAAUAACGACAUACACAUUUCAGUUAUGCCAUUGGAUCUGAUUUAAACUGGUAGUAUAGAAGCAAAACUCAUUUUCCCUGGAAGACAUUGUUAAUCUUUUGAAUCAAUAUUUUUGCAGUGGUUGUGAAACAUAGUCUAUAUUUGUCCUCCUGUCAUAUUUAAUAAAGUCAUUGACGCUUGCAACGCU